CUCCUAAGGAAGAGGAUGCAAAGCAAAGUCCUGCCAUGUGCAUCGCAGCUCCUCGUGCGGGAAGGCAAGCGUUUGGAGCUCGCGCACCGUUUUCAUACUUUUUCUUAACAAGCUAGAUGAGGGAAAUCUAUCCCUUUGCUGUUUCUCUCUCUCUUUUUUUUUUUUCUUCUUCUUCCAGAAAAAGGGGGAGAGAGAGGCUCGUAUUGAAGGCAACCAGCUGCGCCUCUGAGUGGGAAACUCUGGACUGAUCUCAUGGCUUGCUUUUUUUUAUCUCAUUAACACUUCAUUAUCCCUGAAAAUGAACCUUUUGUGAAGCUCUGUUCCUAACUCUCCUUACUCCUCUUUCACGAGGUGACCGCUUUGCAAGGGAAGAAAUGGCAUGAAGUAAAUGACUCUAGUAUAAAGCAAUCUGCCAAAGUGCCCAGUGAGCAGCACUGUCACUUUAAUAAUACCAGGUCAAGGGAUUGCUUUCCUCCUUUCCAAUCCUCUCUUUUAAUACAUGGGAGGAUCAGAGGGACAUUAAAGACCGUUAAGGCUGGGUGGCUUGGAUAUAAUAAAAAUGAAAGUGACUGGCCAGUGACUUCUGCUGGGUAAGAGGGUGAUAUUUGAAGGCUGUUGUCUGGUGAGGAAAAAGGGACCUUUUCCGUCUGAUGUGUAGUCACCUAAUACAUAGCUAGCAAAAUUCAUUCAAGAAGUGAAAGAAGUUUAAAGAGUCACUUUGGAUUGUUUUUGUCUUCCUCCUUAUUUGGAUUAUUUGGGAGUUUUUGUCCUGCAAAUAAUACAUUUUUGAGCAUGUAAAGGUGGAGUAUUAAGACAGCUGCCUAGAGAUGGACUGUGCCUUAAUUGUAUUACAUAAAAUCUUUUAAUUUUCAAAUUUUGCUGCCAGAAGAGGAGUUAUAAUAGAGUUUUUUACUAUCAAGGAACACUUUCUCUUGUAUUUUUAUAGAUUCAAAUAUAUUUUAAAGAAAUUGAAAACCUCUCUUAAAAAAAUUCAAAAAGCUUCCCCCCCCCCCCCCUUUUUUUUCUUAUUUGUGGGAAGCAUCGGAAGCUCAAUGCAAGGAAUCGGCAAGUGCUGGUAGAAAUGAAGAUUCAAGCUGCAUUUCAUAACUGAACUGUAAAAGUGUUUUGCAAUAGAUAGACCUCGCAAAGUGUUCCGGUGGUACGUCGUUUGUAUCUGUAAAUAAGUGCUUGCAACCAGUCUCAGAAGUAGGAAGAAGAAUGCCAGUCAAGAAGAAAGAUACUGACCGAGCUUUAGUGCUGCUGGAAGAAUAUUGUAAGAAACUAAGGAAGCCAGAAGAACAACAACUGAAAAAAGCCAUCAGAAAGGUGAUGGGCAUCUUUAAGAGCAGCUUAUUUCAGGCACUUCUAGAUAUUCAAGAGUUUUAUGAAGUGACACUGCUAAAUUCCCAGAAAAGCUAUGAGCAAAAAAUAGAAGAAGCAAAUGAAGUUGCAGAGAAAUGGGAGAAGACAACAUCUGCUACAGGCCAUGAAAAUCUGCAGAAAAACCAAGAGUCUGCCGCUUCCAAUGGAUCGGAAGGAUCCAGACAAUGUGGUGUACACAAUAAGGAGAAUCAGACUUUUGAAAAUUAUGCGGUAGACAUGAAGACAAAGCCUGCCAGGGGGUCGGCUGGAGCGCCUGGACACGGCCUAAACGAUGACGCGGGCGGGCGAUUCGCGCCGCCGUUGCUGCCGGCCAUCUUUGCGCGACGGCAGCGCAAAGCGGGCCCUCCACCACCACCACCACCACCACCGCCCCGGCCAGCCGGCUGCUACUGCUGCUGCCAUGAACAGGGCUCCCAGCUCCAUCUAUCCAGAAUAGUUUUCCUCCCAGCUCUUCCGCGUCCUCAGUCUGCUGCUAAAUGGCUGGACUGGUCUGCAAGUCAAGCGUGUGACCCUCAAGCGUUCAACUCGCGGCACGCAGUCUUUCCAGCCAGCUUUGACGUUGCGAUGAG